CUGACGCCGCUGAGGGGCCGGGGCUGGGUCCGGACCCCCCGGGCCCGCCGCCCUCCCCUGCCGGCUCUCCUCUCCGCAGCCCUCUGCCCUCGCCUCGGAGGGACCGGGAGCCGGCAUGGCGGGCAGCUCCCCGGCCGCCGGGCCCCAGGGCCUGCUGACCUUUGGGGACGUGGCUGUGCACUUCACCCAGGAAGAAGGGGCACGUCUGGACCCGGGGCAGAGGGCCCUGUAUAGAGACGUGAUGCUGGAGACAUACAGGAACCUGGCCUCCCUGGGAGUUCCAGGAUCCAAACCAGAUCUGAUCUCCCAGCUGGAGCAAGGAAAGGAGCCCUGGGGCUCGGACCUGCUGGGGGCCCAGGAAGGAGAGACCGCGGGAGACCCCAGCACAGCAACGCUUCCGACACCAAAUGUAGGGGGUUCCUCACACCAACCAGUCUCCACCGCUCUGCACAUCAACUGGGUGUCCUACAAUUUAGUUCUGACACUGACCACGCGGAGUUAGCGCAGACCCUGCCCUUGAAGGGCUCAGUCCCACAAGACCGCCCCCACUUCA